AGAAGGAAACCAGAGAUCUGCAGUUCUUCAUGUUCUGAAGUCCAGAGGAAGAGCUAAGCAGAGUCGUGGAAUAUUUUUUCAGUCUACAUUUUAAGGCAAAGGAGUAUGACCAAUGACUUGAGUUCACAAAGAUUUCAGGCUGAUAUUUCACUGACCCCCUUUGAUAUAAAGAACAACUAUUCAUCUUCCAUCAAAAGCGCCAAUAUGGUGAACGAUCCAUACAUAGGACCCAUAAACACAUCCAACAAUAAUGCAUCGACAGCUAAAUGCUUGCUGAAGCUCUCGGGGUAUCACUUAGCCUUCAUUCCUGCUCUCUACUAUAUUAUCUUUGUCCUUGGUUUAAUUGGCAACAGUGUGGUAGUUUCCCUGUUCUGUUGCCACCGAGGGCCCAAAAAGGUUGCCAGUAUUUACAUCUUUAACCUUGCCAUGGCAGACCUGCUGUUUCUAGCCACUCUGCCACUCUGGGCCACUUAUUACUCUUAUGGCUACAACUGGUUUUUUGGCUCAGUGAUGUGCAAAAUCUCCAGUGCCCUCCUGUGUCUGAACAUGUAUGCCAGUGUGUUUUUUAUCACCUGCAUGAGCAUAGACAGGUACCAAGCUGUCGUCUACCCCUUCCAAUCCCAGAGAAGAACCCCAUGGCAGAUGUCAUUUAUCGUGCCCCUUGUGUGGGGGCUGGCCUGCGUGUCCUCCCUGCCAACAUUUUAUUUCCGAGACACCAAGCCUAUUGAGCACUUGGGAGUGAAUGCCUGUAUCAUGGCCUUCCCUCCUGAGAAGUAUUCACAGUGGUCGGCAGGGAUGGCCUUUAUGAAGAAUGCACUUGGCUUUCUGAUCCCCUUGGUGUUCAUUGCCACAUGCUAUGCUGGCAUCCGAAAGCACUUAAUGAAGGCAAGUGGAUUUGGGAAGAACCAGCUCAUGAGAGACAGGGUACUGAAGAUGGCAGCUGCAGUUGUCCUGGCUUUUGUUAUCUGCUGGCUCCCCUUCCACGUUCUAACCUUCUUGGAUACCCUGGCAUGGCUGCAUGUCAUCACUAACUGUGAUGUGAUCUCAGCCAUCGACACUGCCAUGCCUUUUGGCAUCUGCAUGGGCUUUGCGAACAGCUGCAUCAAUCCCUUUCUCUACUGUUUUGUUGGCAAUCAGUUCCAAGAGAGAUGUCGGCGCCUCUUUAAGCUGAGAGUUUCUCAGCUCCGCAAGAAUAGAGAUAGCAUGUCUUCCAGAAAAGGGAAUUCUCUUAAGGAAGUGGAGACCCUAAUGGAAUGAAGUCAUACAAGGUUCUAAUGCAACGACUCGGGCUUUCGUGGAUAAGAAUUAAUGGCUUUGGGAAAAGAAGCAUCUUUCUAUUCAAAACUGACUUCCAAAAAAAAAUUGACUUUCUGACUCUUCAAAAACUAGAAAAGAAUGGAAACCUCCCUUCAUUCAAGGAAUUUCAACUUGUUUCUCCCACUUCUCCUGGGGUGAGGCCUUCCCUGGUGAGACAGACCCAUAACCUAGAAACUAUUUGGAAGUUUUCUCAAACAGCAAAUAGGCUGAGAAGAGCAGUCUACUAGGAAGACCAGCUCUUCUGCUUUCCUAAAGAAGCACAUUUUACCCCAUGGACUGGAGUCAUAGGUGCUAUCAUCCUCACUGAUGUUUCCUCAUCAUGUGGCGAAGACCCACUCAAGGUUCUUGAAGAUUCUACCAGUGAAGAUCACCAGCAGGCCCUACCAAACUGGAAGUGUCUUAAACAUAGUCUUGGCUAGGGACUGUGUGUCUAUUUUCCAAGGGCAACUUGGAAUCGAUCAACAAGUAUUUAUUGAGUACCUACUGUGUACAAGGUAAUCAAUAAAUACUUCUUUAAAAAUACUCUAUCAGCAGAUUUGGCCACUUUUUUUUUUUUAACCACAGCAAUUCAC